CGAUAAAGAAAGCGCUUCUCCCCCGCCUUCUCGCUAAAUCUCAGCCGUUCAUCAUCUAGAGACGCAGCAAUGGCGGCACUCCUACAUCCCCUGCUCACUCUCCCGGCGCCGCCGCCGCCUCCUCGCCUCACCGUCGUCGCCUCUCUCCGCCCUUCGCUCUUCUCUCCCACUAAGCUCUCCAUUCCCAGGUCUCCUUCUCUGUGUCUCGUCUCCUCUAAAGUUUUUCGAAGAUCGGAGCUUCUGAUAGCGAGAGCGAGCACUGAGGAAGGGGAUGGAGUAGUCGUGGAGGAGUUCGAAGCCCUGGAAGAUGUGGUUGUAGAUGAGGAGGAUGAGGAGGGAGAGUUGAAGAGCUCUGAAGGAGAAGUUGAAGAGAGGCCUCCGAGGAAACCUCGAAUUAAGCUUGGUGACAUCAUGGGGAUAUUGAACAAAAGGGCUAUUGAAACAUCAGAGCAGGCGAGACCAGUGCCAGAUCUGAGGACUGGAGACAUUGUUGAGAUUAAACUGGAGGUACCAGAGAAUCGUAAAAGGUUGUCGGUUUAUAAGGGUAUUGUUAUGUCAAAGCAAAAUGCAGGCAUUCAUACCACCAUCAGAAUUAGGAGGAUUAUUGCUGGCGUCGGUGUUGAGAUUGUUUUCCCUGUGUAUUCACCCAAUAUUAAGGAGAUAAAAGUGGUUAAACAUCGGAAGGUCCGGAGGGCAAGGCUGUACUACUUGCGGGACAAAUUACCCCGGCUUUCGACUUUCAAGUAGAACACAUGAUCAAUCAGCCGAUAAUCUCGCAGCUUCCUUUCGGCAAUUCAUUCGGAGGAUGACGGAUCUUUAGUCUUGUAACUGUUUAUCUCAGCUCAUUCUUUUCAGUUGUCUAAUUGCUUCAAGAAAUGUAUUGAUCUUGUAGUUUUCCAGUUUCUGUGUAUCUUAAGCAUGUUACAGAGUUUAGGAUCAAAACAAAGCUUCUCCAAAUGUUUAACUCAUGUGAAAA